UGUGUCGGCAUUAAAGCGCGUUACAAUAAUUAUAAGCCCCAUACGCAGCUGUAGUACUAGUAGUAGGCCUUGUACAGCUUGCUCAGACCUUUCAUACGGUUCUCCUGGUCAAGCAGACAUCUAAAGAACAAUCCGGGGCUGAUAAUCCAUUUGCAAGCAACCAGACAGUACAUUAAAAAGGGACAGAGCGCUACAGAAGAGGAAGCAACGAAUUUCUUACUGCAACCUCAAUUACAGAAAGUGACUGGAUUAUAGAAAGAGACCUCAUCUGUUAGUUUUCAAAAUGUUUUCAACAAUGCUGCACUCGCUCCGGACUUGCAGUUUGAGGGGCACUUUGAAGAGGAAGACAUUAACAAACCUUUCCGCUCGCUCUGUGAUGACCAUCUUUAAUGACACAGCCACACACAAGGUUGAGGAGGAGGAUCCCCCCAAGAUACUUAUUACUGGGAGUCUUGGCCAGCUUGGUACUGGUUUAGCCAAAGUUCUAAGAGAAAGGUUUGGUAAAGAAAAUAUUAUUAUGUCUGACAUCAUCAAACCCACAAAACAGAUAUUAGAAAGUGGCCCAUACCUGUAUGCUGAUAUACUCGACUUCAAGAAUCUUCAAGAGAUCGUUGUUAAUCAUCGAAUCGACUGGGUGGUCCAUUUUAGCGCCCUCUUGAGCGCGGUAGGAGAACUGAACAUUCCAUUAGCUAUGAGGGUCAACAUUGAAGGUCUACACAAUGUACUGGAAUUAUCCAAGCAAUACAAGCUGAAGGUGUUUGUGCCAAGCACAAUCGGUGCAUUCGGCCCAACUUCCCCUCGUAAUCCUACGCCAGAUCUUACCAUUCAGAGACCAAGGACAAUAUAUGGGGUGUCCAAAGUUCAUGGGGAACUCAUGGGAGAGUACUAUUUUCACAAAUUUGGUUUAGACUUCCGUUGUUUACGUUUUCCUGGCGUGAUAUCUGCUGAUACAAACCCCGGAGGUGGAACAACAGAUUAUGCCGUAAAGAUCUUCCAUGACGCCAUACGUACUGGAAAGUUUGAAUGUUAUCUCCGUCCCGACACGAUGCUCCCGAUGAUGUACAUCGACGAUUGUCUACGUUCUAUUAUUACCUACAUGGAAAUGCCGCAGGAGAGGUUGAGACUUCGGACAUAUAAUGUGGCGGCAAUGAGCUUCACGCCCGAACAGUUGGUGACAGCUGUGAGGAAACAUGUACCGAAUUUAGAAGUGACCUACAGGCCUGAUGGGAGGCAGGACAUUGCUGAUUCUUGGCCACAGGUAUUUGAUGACAGCGGGUCAAGGAACGACUGGGAAUGGGAGCACAAGUAUGACAUAGAUGACCUGUGCAGCACAAUGUUCGACCUCCUUGGACCCAUGUAUAAGGCACAGAAAGUUGGAACAGGAGCAAUUUAGUCAGCUGUUUUUGGAAGUACAUGGUCCAAGUUAAAUGUUUUAUUGAUUGAGGUAUGCUGAGCAUUGUCAAUAGUUACAACUAAACAGCGAGUAAAUUUAUGGUAAAAGAAGAAUAAACAGGAAUCUCCGGCAUGACCUCAAAAUGAUUAGUUACAUUUUGAGUUCAAAGAACAGGCUGUAAUCUUCCAUUUUUCCAAAGGGUAAUACAUAUCAUCAUAUAUUGGUUCGCUCAACCAUUCGACAAUAUUUCCUGUGAAUAGAUGUCAAACUGCUGUGUUCAUAGCUCUGUAUGAUGCCAAAUUUUCGUGGCGGUUUUAUUUACGCAGAUUAGCAAAAGCCCCAAUUUGCGAAAAAUAAACAUUCCGGAAAAAAAUUUGACGGUUUACAAUAAAGUCACACAGGGUCUGAAUUGACUGUUUAAUCAAUCUUUGUAUGCUGAGAAUUGUUUAGUAUUUUUGAUACAGCUGAGGAAUGGGAUAAUUGGAGUAGAAUCUUUUAAAACUAAAUCUCGACAACAAAUUAAAAUGAUCUAGUCACAUUUUGAGUUCGAAGAGUUGUAAACUUGGUUGGUUUGUUUCGGGGGGGGGGGGGGCUGUUUUUGAGACUGUGUUCUUGUGAUAGUUCAGGCAAAGCAUUUAAUGUUUAAUACAGCUUUUACAAGUGUUUCCAGCUUAAAAUAGUGAUCAGUUUGCUUUACCAGUCUUUUGUACAGUCCUCGCUGUGGGGUUGACGAAACAAGACAGUGAAAUUGAAGAUUCUUAAAAGGAGGCACAAGAUAAUAGGAAUCAAAACUGUGUCAAUUAGAUAUCUAAGUCGGUGCAUCUUCUUUCUACUUUACUCUUAUUAAGUAUCAAUAAAAGGACACAAAAUCUGGAAACUUUACACUUUCCUGACUUUUUCCGACCGUGUCCUCAAAGGAGUAUUAUACAUGAUAAACUUAGUAUGAACUAGAUCUCUCUUUAAUAAUUUUGCUUGUGAUGCUGAUGUGCUGUUUGUAUAAAAUUAUGCUGAAUAAGAAUGAAAUAAAAUCAGGGUUAUUGG